AUGGACCUGGAAACUGAGAAUCGAAUAGCAUCGAUUCUCUUAAGAGAAGCAGCAGAAUUGAGGAGACAAGCUGAAAAAGAUGGAAUUCGAGCAUAUCUUGAGAAGCCUAAUGUAAGGCAUCGACCAAACUCAAGAUUUCUCACCGCAACUGUCCUAGGUGUUCAGCAAUCAAACAAAGCGGUAGAAACCAGUGAGAUGUGGAGGCUUCGGCAGAAGGAGAAAGAGGAAACGCUCAAAAGAAAAUCAAGAGAAGAAAGCAGCAGCAGCCAAAUGGAGCGGAGUGGUAGUUUCUCGAGAAGGAGGUUGGAUAAGAGAUGCAGUUCCGGCGAUGAGAAAAAGGUUACUCAUGCAUCAUCAUCAUCACCAGGCAAAAGAUGGUACUCGGAAGAUGAUGAAGGCUUAGGAGAUGAUGACAUUGAGUCUUUUCUCCAAUCACGGAUCAAACGUGGCAGAGGCUCUAUCGGUCCUAGGAUGGAUGAAACAGGCCCUUAUCUUCCUGUCGAUAAGGUAGAGAAGCUGCAAAGUUCUGACACAGAAGCAAGGAAGGUUGUCCUGGGACCAGAGAGACCACCUUCACUGAGACAACACUCGGAUGACAACGAGCGUGGUCGGAGAACAAGAAAGGACUCUCUGAAUAAAAAAGACAAGAAAACAGAAAAGAAGAGAAGAAGGGACAGACACUAA